UCAUAAUAUUUGCAUAAUAAAUGUGUGUAUGGUUUUGUCUACUUUUAACCAGUCGUCGUUGCACAGAACUUUCAGUGACCACAGAGAGCUUCUUUUCCCAUUUCUAUAUCCUUAUGACCCAUUCUCUCAAGUCUUUUUCGUCGAUUCUUUUGCCCUGACCAUUGGCGUUACCCCUUUGCAAAUUGUUAAUCUAAAGUUGAAUCCUGAGUUAAGAAAACAACCGCCAAUCAUUAGGGUUCUUGCAAUACGGGGAUUGUGUAAAGGGCCACAGUGGGUGUUCUCUCCAAGAAAGGGUCGAUUCUGUGAGAAGCAAGACUCACCUUGUCUCCUCAGGUUUCUUUGUGUGGUUUGGAGCAGUUUUGAUGGCAGAAUUAGUUGGGCCUCGAAUAUACAGUUGCUGUAAUUGUCGAAACAAUGUUUCUUUUCAUGAUGACAUAAUUUCUAAAGCUUUCCAGGUAUUUCUGACCUUCGUGCUUCACUUUGUUUUGAUUUGAAAUUUUGCAUGAAGUAAUAUUCUCUCUUCUUGAUUCUCUUUUGAUGGUUGAUGUUAAAUUUAGGAUCUCCGGUGACGUACUUAAUGGAAUUAUGCUUUGAUUUCUAGGUGCUCUGCAAUAACAAAAAACUCAUCCAUCAGUAUUUACUAAUCUUUCUUCCUUUUGUGCCCUUUGAUUAGAAAAGUUGGGAGUCUCAAUGUUUCUCAUGCUCUGUUGAUUAUCUUGCUUCCGCUUAUUGGCCCCUUUGAAAGCGAACCAGUGUUUGUUUUUCAUUGUGGGAACUGGAAAUUUUACCUUGAAAUUGAAUUUAUGUUUAAGACACUAAUGGAAGGAACUGAAUUUCCUACCACUUUGCCAGGGAAGAAAUGGGCGUGCCUUUCUGUUUGGCCAUGCAAUGAAUAUAAUCAUAGGGCCAAAGGAAGACCGCCACCUCAUGACUGGUUUGCACACAGUUGCCGAUAUCUCAUGCUGCGAGUGCCGAGAGGUGUUGGGCUGGAAAUAUGAGAGAGCUUACGAAGAAACCCAAAAGUAUAAAGAAGGGAAGUACAUUCUCGAGAAGUCAAAAAUCGUCAAGGAAAACUGGUAGCUUCUGUGGUUCUUCUUAUUGCUGUAAAUCCAUAUCUCCAUGUGUUUGUUCCAUGCUAGCCAACAUCUGCGAUGGAUAGUGUGGCCAUGUGUCCAGUGUGUACAGAUAUGAA